GAAUCACCGGCAGCGGCUGAGCCUGCCCACUACCAAGAUGAUCCUGACACUGCUGCUUAGCCUCGGGGGGGCCCUGGGCUGGGGGCUGCUGGGGACCUCGGCUCAGGCCCCUGGUCCCAAGGUCUCUGACCCACACAGCCCCGGGCUGCCUGGGGUCUGGGGGUCAGAGGCUGAGGACAUCGGCAGUGACCGACGUAACUGGUGCCCCUACCAGAAGUCCAGGCUGGUCACCUACGUAGCUGCUUGCAAAACGGAGAAAUUCCUCAUUCACUCACAGCAGCCAUGCCCGCAGGGAGCUUCGGACUGCCGGAGAGCCAGCGUCAUGUACCGCGUAGCCCCCAGGCCGGUGUACCGGGUCAAACAGAAGGUGCUGGCCUCCGUGGCCUGGAGGUGCUGCCCGGGCUUUGCUGGCUCCGACUGCCAACACCAUGACCCCACUGCGAUCCCUGAGCCUGCAGGUCCGGGUGUCGACCUCCAGGAGCACUGGGCCGGGCCGGCUGCCGUGGAACCUGCAGCUGCAGAGACCAGUCACAUCAGGGUGCUGCCGGAGCGCCUGCUGAGCGGUCUCCAGAACGACAUCCACCACACGGCCGACGGCCUCCCAGGCGCGGGGAAGGCCCCGGCAAGCAACCUCACAGCUGCAGUGACCGAGGCGGACGAGGAGGAGCUGGAGUUUCCCGGCAAGUCCGUCUGGAGUGGCUUUAACCAGAGCCUGCACAGCCUCUUUGAGGCCGUCAGAAACCUCUCUCUCGAUGUGGAGGCCAACCGACAGGCCAUCAGCAUGGUCCGGGACGGCGCCGUGCCCAGGGCUGACUUCCAGGAGCUUGGGGCCAAGUUUGAGACCAAGGUCCAGGAGAACAGCCGAAGAGCCGGCCAGCUGCAGCGGGACGUGGAGGAGCGCCUGCACGCCCAGCAGCUCUCCCUGCAGCGCUCCCUGUCCGAGGUGCAGGCGGACGUGGACGCCAAGCUGAAGAGGCUCCUGAAGGCCCAGGAGCACCUGUCCAAUGCCAGCCUGGCGGCGGCCGCGGCCGGAGCGGGGGCCCGGCCGGAGCCCGAGAGCCUGCAGGCCCGGCUGAGCCAGCUGCAGAGGAACGUCUCGGCGCUGCACCUGGCCGCCAGCCACAGGGAGGAGGCGCUGCAGGGCACCCUGGCGGACAUGCAGGCGACCCUCGACCGGCACGUGGAAGAGAUCAAGGAGCUGUAUUCCGAAUCGGACGAGACCUUCGAUCAGAUCAGCGCGGUGGAGCAGCAGGUGGAGAAGCUGCAGGGAACCCAGCAGGAGCUGCGGGAGCUGCGCGUGGCCCUGAUGGAGAAGUCGCUCAUCGUGGAGGAGAACAAGGUGGACACGGACCGGCAGCUCCUGGAGCUCAACCUCACCCUCCAGCACCUGCAGGGCGGCCUCGCCGACCUCACCAAGUACGUCACCGACUGCAACUGCCGGCAGCCCCCCGGGGGCGCGGACGGCACCCAGGAGGGCCCGGGGAACACCACGCGCGCCCCGGAGGGCGCCCACGGGAGCCUGGACCUGCGGCGCCCGGGGGACGGCUCCUCUCUGCGGGCCCUGGAGCACGCGGUGGCGGCCGUGUCGCGGGCGCUGGAGGAACAGCGGGCGGAGGCCCAGCAGGCGGGCGCCGACCGGGCGCGGCUCCGGACGCAGCUGCGGGCGCUGAGCGGCCAGACGGCCGCGCUGCAGGCCGCGGAGGGCGAGCUGCGCCGGGCGGCGGGCGAGCUGCGCGCCUCCUUCGCGGCGCUGCUGGCGGACGCGCUGCGGCACGAGGCCCUGCUGGCCGCGCUCUUCGGGGAGGACGCGGUGGCCGAGGAGGCGCCGGGCCCGCUGGCCCUGAGCUACGAGCAGAUCCGCGUCGGCCUGCAGGACGCGGCCCUGGGGCUGCACGAGCAGGCGCGCGGCUGGGCGGCGCUGGCCGCCAGGGUGGCGGCCCUGGAGCAGGCGGCGGCGGCGGCGGCGGCGGGCGGGGGCGAGGCGGCGGGGCGGGCGCGGGAGCUGCAGCGGCUGGGCGCCGACGUGCAGCGGCUGGGCCGGUGCUGCGAGGCCGGGGCCGCGGGCGCCGCCGCCCUCAACAGCUCGCUGCAGGGCCUGCACGGGGCCGUGUCCAGCGCCCAGCUCGGCCUGCAGCGGCACCGGCAGCUCUUCCACAGCCUCUUCGCCAACUUCCAAGGGCUUGUGGCCGCCAACGUCAGCCUAGACCUGGGGAAGCUGCAGGCCAUGCUGGGCCGGAAGGAGAAGAAGGAGCAGAAGGCCCUGGACGCUGCCCGGAGGAGGGACAAGAAGCAAGUGGGACCUCGGGCCGAUGCCCACGUCAACGGGGUCAACGGGCCGGUGCCACGAGCCCUGGGCGCCGAGCGGCAGGAGGCAGGCUCCCCCGUGGCCUUCUACGCCGGCUUCUCAGGAGGGAUGGCCGCCCCGCAGACCGUGAGGUUCGACGCCGCUCACAUCAACGUUGGCAGCAGCUACUUCCCUGAAGAUGGCUACUUCCGAGCCCCUGAGCGCGGGGUCUACCUCUUGGCAGUGAGCAUGGACUUUGGCCCAGGGCCAGGCGCUGGGCAGCUGGUACUUGGAGGUCAGCGUCGGAUCCCCAUCGGUGGCGCUGAGGAGCAGAGCGGCGGGGGCGCGGCCACUGCCUUCACCGUGGCCGAGCUGCGGAAGGGUGAGAGAGUGUGGGUCGAGUUAACCCAGGGGUCCGUGCGGGAGAGAAGCCCGCCGGGCACCGCGUUCGGGGGGUUCCUGCUGUUCAAGACCUGAGCCCUGGGCACAGCCCCGUGCGCCCGGACUUGCCGGCUCUCCUCGCCCUGGGCUCCGCCAGGUUGGCCUGGACCACCCAAGUUGGUCUAGCUCUUCCCUGGAAAUCCGCAGACAAUGGCCUCCCUCUGAUGCGCGGGGUCUGAUACGAUGAGGGCUGGAUGCUCUCCCGGGCCGGCCCGGGGCUGGACCUGGUGGGCCUGCCGUCCAAGGCAGCGUGGCUGGACUCGUCUUCUCCAGCGUCUGCUGUGCUCCUUGUGGUUGAAACUUCGGCACACUAACCCUUUCUCUGGCUUCCCCGUGUCCCUAGUCCCUGUAGAAAAGCAGUCUUUCCCAGAGGAUUUGGGAACCAGAAGAGAGGUGGCAUUUUGGACAAGCCGGGGAACCAGGCUCCAGUCACAGCCGGUUAGGUCUGUCAGUCAGAAAUGAAAACUGGUCGAGUAUUAGGCGAAGGAAACACCAUUAGUAUCUUCCCCGCAGUCUCAGUCCUUCCUCGAAUGUACCUGUAACUUGGACUUCACCCCUUCCCCCUUGCCGCCCACCGGCAAAGGCACGUGCCAACAGAGAGCGAACGUGUGUAGCUUUCCCGCUUUCACCCCCAUUCUUAUUAGCAUCUCCACCAGGAAGGGAGCUGAGGGAGGGGGAGGACGACUAAAAACCGCCCUCAAUUUCAUCAUUUUUGGGAUCAAGCAGCACCCUUCCAAGUUCUGCCCGGUGAACUGAUGGCGGAAGGAUGUGGCGAGAGGUGGAAACGUGGGCCAAAUAAAACUGUUUGCGGUAA